AUGGCGGUCGUCGUCCCAGGCCUGCACUCUCUCGGCGCAGCAGCAAGACCACGCCUCGCCAGCAUGAGCAAGGCCCUGUCCAGACGCAAGAGCUCCGACUUCCUGCUCGAGGCGCCGCCUCACCGGCACCGUCUCAAGAAGAGCAUCACCACCACCACCACCAAACGCAAACAACCUCCUCCUCCUCAUAUUCUUUCUUCUUCUCCUCCUCCUCCUCCCCUUCCUCUUGCUCCUCCUUCUACUGUCCUGUCCUCGUCCACGCCGAGGCAACGCCCCAAACCAGACAUCAUCAUCAACAACAACAUCAACACCAACAACCUCAUCCAAUUCGCCCUCCUGGACCGCACCAGCCUCCAAACAGCCUUCACCUUCCUCCUCCCCAACAGCCAAAAGGCAGCAGCAGCAGCAGCAGCAGCCCGUCGCGGCAUCAAGCGCUGCCGCCUCGGCUCCGACGUCGAGGGCCCCAACACGGCCUCGGUCGGCCGCAAGAAGCGCCGCCUCCGCAGCCGCCUCAUCACCAGCCCGCUCUCCCAGCCCUUUUCCCAGCCCGCCACGCACAUCCUCAACCGCGAGGGCAGGCCCGUCGGCGACCGGCGCUUCGUCAAGAUGGCCGUCAUGCUCGACUCCAGCAGGCGCGCUGCGCAUCUCCGCGCCACGGCGUAUCUGCGCUACUCCGUCAUGAACCGCAUGCGCAAGCGGAUGGGCCUUGCGCCGUAUCACCAUCAGGUAGAAGGGGAGCAGGGCGAAGGCGAGGGCAGCAACAGCAGCAAUGGCUGUAGCAGCUGUAGCAGCUGUAGCAGCAGCAGUACGCUGCGGCAGGGCAUCGAUACGUUUGGCAGAGCGCCGUGGCAGCAGCCUCAAGCCGUGAAACCAAGUCACGAAGCGAAGCACAGCUUCCUCGAGGAGGCGCGCAGAGGCGCAACACCGCCAGCACCACAACCAGAAGAACCCAUCGGGACACUGGCCAAGGCACCGGCAUGCCGUCUAUCCAAACCCAUAGCCCUGCCGCUGCCUUCGGCCGAUGCGGAUGCCACGAAUGACCGCCCCGCGGCCCGCAUCGACUCGACCACAUCUCCGGAGCCGAGGCCGCCGCUCGCGUGGAUGUACGACGACGUCGAGGAGGACAGCUUCGCCCAUCUUCAUGCAGGCGACGAGCACCUGGAUGAUGACGAUGAUGACGACGACGGGGUGGGCGUGUAUUGCAACUUUGAUGCCAUUUUUGCGGUCAGGGCCACGUCGCCGGAUCCGCAGGUGACGACGCCCAAGGAGGAUCACACAUAUGAAGAGUACAUGGACGAGCUCGAUGGCAUUUCAUGGAGAAUUGGGUGA